AUGGCUUCCUCACUAGCAGUUACUCACUGUGCUAAUCACGCUAACAAUGAUGAAGAUAGCAGUUAUACCGAUCAAACCAUCCGGGAUUUAUUCAAGGACUUGCAUAGCAAUCUUAAUAUCACUGACCCGCUUGUGUUAGAGGAAGGAUGGAAUAUGUGGAAGAUUAUUUCCGAGACCUUCAAAAUUGUUAAAAAUGAUAUCUCGCAGUGGGUAUGUGCUAUUAACUACAUUGCUAUUUAUACGGCUAGAAUGUCAUCAAAGGCUAGCAUCCUUAAACCAAUUCCUAAAGUUUUAAACCAUUUGAUGGCUGCAAGAAUAAAUAUAUUAGACUUUAUCGAUAAGCUUCAGAAACUAGGUGAAAUUAUUUCUGUUGAGAAUCAUGCAGCCAAGAAGCAAAUUUAUUUAUUGAGUCGAAAGUAUUUAAUAGAUGCUGCUUUGUUCGCCAAAUGUGACCUGCUGAUUGAGUUAGUCUUUCGUAAAGAUAUCGAUAAGAGCAUUCAUAAGUUUAAAGAUCUGCUUGAUAAUCCUAGAAGUUACAUAUGGUUAUUGUUUUUAGUUGCCAAAGGUACUUUAAUAGGAACUGAUACUGAAAGCGUGAGUCACUUGAUUUAUGAUGAUAAAAUUGCUAUACUUUUUGAAACAGUAGACUUUAUGAAACUUAAAAAUAUUUUUAUCAUAAAUAUUGGGCAACAGGUUAGAGACUUUCAUAAUAACUGCUGGACUAGAUUUCAAGUGACUGGAUCGAGUAUUCUAAAUCCCUUAAAGAUUGAUAAUCUUAAUAGAGAAUAUGAGGCUGCAUUCAUCAAGAAUGGUGACUUUGAUGAGCGAGCAUUUUUGGAUGAAUCAAUUUUUGAUAGCAUGUUAAAGCCAAAGUCUACCGGGAAAGAAGAUCGUGGUAGCUAUAGAAAAGAUCCGCCACCUACACCUGUAAAAUCUACGAUGAAAAGCAUUGCUAAUUUGUUAGCUCUCCUAACAUCUACAGAACACCUUAAAAUGGUGAUAACAUAUCGUAUUGACUUUGUUCUUAGUACCACGCCAGGAUCAUUACUUUGUGAUUACUUCAAGAAAUGCUGUCCGAAUCCAUUUGAUAGCAUUCUUGCUCGUUUAGAACGGUAUCGAGAUGUUUUCGUACAGAAAUACGCAAAGCAGACAAGCUCAGCUUAUUCCUCAAUUAGUGAUAAGUAUUUUGAUUUAGCAAAACGACUGUAUUUUAGAGUUUUGGAGAAUAUGCUCAAAGGCGAACAAAGGAGGCUUGGAAACAGCGAUUUUAGCGUACUACUGAAUCAUGACGUAUUUCACUCAUCGUUAUUGGCCUGUUCAUUGGAGGUCGUCCUUUUUACUUAUAAUAGCCCACAUACAAGCAAUAGUAACAAGUAUGGUUAUGAAUUUUCAUUUCCUUGGAUCCUUGAUAUUCUUGAUAUAAAGGCAUAUCACUUUGGUAAAGUAAUAGAAAGUUUUAUACGUAGCGAAUUAUCUCUGGAUAACAAUUUAGUACAGCAUCUCAAUUUUAUUGAAUCAAUGAUAUUAGAAAGCUUGGCAUGGCAAGCGUCUUCCCCAUUAUAUGCAGCACUGGAAUCUUCUAAAAUUGAUCUUCGUUAUAGGCAGUUGGUAACCGAGAACAAAACCGAAGUGGCGGGUUCAUUACUGGAAACGUGCCUUUCACCAGUUAAAAAGUCUCAUACUAGCGAAAAGCAAAGUUGUGGUGACGAGACUCAGAAGAAACUACAUUCUGUCGAUUUAUUUUACAGAAAAGUGUUUCAACUUGCAUACUUGCGACUAAAAAAUUUAUGUGAUGCCUUAAAAAUUGAUGAAAAAACGAUUAAUCGAACAUGGACUUGCUAUCAUUAUGCUCUGACCUACAAAACAAAGCUAUUUAUGGAUCGUCACAUUGAUCAGGUAUGCCGAAAUGUGUUAUUACUUUCCAACCAAUAUGGUACUAUUAUUGCGUUUUACAAUCAAAUUUUUAUUUGUGAAAUGAAGGAAUUCGUGCUGAAACUGUCUUCCGUCAAUGCUGCACUGCAGCUGUCUCCUAUCCCAACGUACAAUAGUAGAUCACCACGCUCUGACGGUGUCGGCAAGAGAAUUCCGUGGGUAUCAAAUGUUUAUCUCUCUCCUUUAAAACGUAAAGAUAUUUUAACUCCAAGAUCGAAAGCUUUAUACUGCUUUGGAGAUGCACUGGAGUCAUCAAGGAAGCUAUCUGAAAUUAAUGAGAUUGUCCAUAAGGGUAGCAUGAAAUCUUCGAAGAGAUUAAAAUUUGAUGACACAACGGUUACUGCGGACGUGGAUGUAACAUCGAGAUGUGCCGAAGCCCGGCCCGGAUUAUCAAAUUUGGAUCAAGACGAGAAUCCCACUGACAAUCCUACGAAUAAUUACAAGGCAGUUAUGUUGGAAAAUCGAUUGGCGGAUUUCGGUGGGUCAUCUUUUGCUGUUAUUGAUAUAUCACGCAAAAGCAACACUCGAUAG